AUGCAGCGCGAGCAAAGGACUGGGGAAAGUGUGCAAAAUGGCGGCGAUUUUGGUGUCCGCCGCUUCUUCUCAAAAACCUGUGUGUAUUUUGUUGAUUUACACCCCACAAGACAAAACACGAUUGAAAGACUAUUUUCAGCGAGGAUGCUGAAAUUUGAUGGAGUAUUUGCACCGCCUUCGCAGCGGUAAGUUAUAUGAGACAAUUUUAUUUGACUCUAUGGACAGCUGCAUGGACCACUAAUGUAGAGUCACUUUCGCCAAACGUCGUGGAUACAGUGUAAUGUUUUCUACUAUCCAUGACGAAAUCAAAAGAAGAGAAAGAUCAUUAGUUUAAUUGAAUGGUUAAAUAUGGUUAAAAAAUAGCUACAAUUCAUGAAUUACCUUCAGCUUUGAAAUUAGCACUUUGAAUGAUGUAAGCUUUUUUGUUUUUCUUCUCCCACUGCAUUGUUUGUUCACCAGGGAGGUUAUUCUGUACCAUGUGACUGUUUUAAUUUUGUGUUCUCUCACUUGGGUGGUUGUUGUUUGAUGGAAUCUACAUGUACAAUUCUGGUCAAAAUGUUUGGGACACUUUGUGUUUAGGUGCGGAAGAUGCAGUUCAAAUUGACCCCCCUUCCCACCUUGGCAGUGUUGGGUGUUACAAGUCAAACACCUUUUAUAUAUCUUGCACACGUUGAGGACCUCAACUUUAUCCAGAGGGGAAAAGUCUUUUCAAGACCUUGUUUAUGAGUGUCUAUUACGGGUUAGCUGCAAAUUCCAUUUUUAAAAAAAGUGAAAAAUUAGAGGUGUCCCAAAACCGUUUGGCCAGGAUUGUAGAUUCAUCUUUUUAGUUUUAGGAUUAAUUAAAUAAUUAUUACCAGCUGUAGUUUACCUUCCCUUCCUGCAGGAACAGUGACAUCUACAGAACAAGAGUUUUCCCUCCUAAAAAAUUUAUUGCUACUCAGCUUUCAGCGGGGAUAAAGACAUUGUACAAAAAUAUUAAGAAUCAAAAGAAAACCCAUCACCAAGGACAUGGUAAGAACCUCCAGAACCCAGGUAUUUACAAAACUCAGACAGGAACAUCCUAUUUACAUACUUACUGGGGAGGACAUUAGAAAAUACCCAGUACUACCGCAAAACUAUGUGGAAGUGGGGAAAUACCGACAUACCGGUAUCAUGUUGAAAAUUGACUAAAUACCGAUACUGCAUUUAUGAUCAGUCACGCUUACUUAAAAAUGUGUCCAUCUCGCGAGUUUGUUUAUCUCAAGCAUGUAUAUGUUACAGUUCAAAUUUGAUUUCCAUUUUAUUUUGAUUUAACUAAGGAUGUUUCUCAAUUUCCUUUGUUUCCUAGCCCUAAUUUAUGAAUAAUUGGGGCUGGUUAAAAAAAAUUUAACUUGAAAUCAAAUCUGACUUGUAACUUAUACACCAGCAAUCAACCUCAGCCAUUGCAAGAAAAUAUAAGAAGACCUCAAAUUGAUCAGUAGAAGCCUGGUUAUUGGAUUAGAGAGGAUAGCGCAAAUGAAUGGUACCACAAUACCGUGAAGGAUCUGCUUUUACCGAAUGCCCUUACCAAAGGGAUGAAAAACCACAUACAUGUACAGUUACUGCAGGGCUAGAUGAUACUGCAAUACCACACAUUAAAAUCAAAAUUACCAAAAUACUGCUUGAAAAAAUGCUCAAUAUACUGCAAUACCAUAAACCCCCAUGUCCCCCUCCUUUCCAGACAAUACUAUCCACAUUAUUUCCUUUUUCUAAAUAAGUUGAUCCAGGUCAGGUUUUGUACCUGCGCCUGGUGCAGGAACUUGUUCUUCCCGGACAGGUAUUGUUAAGUUUCAAAAUUACUAACCAUAAAGCAUCAGCUGGUAGUAAGGCAGUAAACGCUUAUGAGAGCUUUGACUGUGUGUAAAAUAAUGCUAAUUCAAGGUUACCAAAUUGGUACGGUUGUCUAUCUUUUUCUAUUUCCAGGAUCUCAGACGGAUGAAGGUGGAAAAUUUCAGCCGCAUUAUCCAGGUGCUAUGUUAACCGUAUCUGUCAAUGGUUUGCUAAGCUUUCUUACACUGUAGAUUGAUUGUGAAACUGCAUGGCUCCUGGUCUCUUAUAAUAACCAGCCCAGGAAAAUCUAUCAAAAUUGUGAAGAAAAGCAAUCAUGAUCGUGUACAAACAUACUUUUGACACUCAGUUGGAAACGGUUUUCAAAGUGCUUCCAGUAAAAUUGUAGUAAUUAUUUUCGUUAAUAAUUAUUGUUUUUAUGUCUGUAAGCUUUAAACACACCCAUAAAGAUACAUAUAUCUUCCUUUGCUCCGAUUUUAUUAGGUUUGACAUUUUUCUGACUGUCUGCAAUGUUUUUCAGUUCCCUUGCUUGCUGGCAGGUACAAAUUUGUUCAAGUGAUUGGACAAGGACAGUCUGCAGUCAUUAUUUCCGCUGAGGUGAGAAGGCAACUGGAAAACCUGCUACAGUUACAGUACAUGUAUGUCUGGUAACAAAAACAACUGAGAUGUAAUAAUAGAUUACAUGUUAAUUUAGCUGUUGCAUUUUGCCCUCAGAAUUUUCAGUCCUUUUCAUUGUGAUUAGGGAUUAUGAUGCUUCUCGUCAUUAAAAUAUUUGUUGUUCAUUACAACAGGAUACCUUUCACCCUGAUAAGCAACCAGUUGCUGUUAAAGUGAUGAAUAUAGAUUAUGCAAGGCUUGGCGCUCAGGUGCUGUAUGUAAACUUUAACAUGAACAUUGUACAUGUUGUAGUAAAUUUUUGUUUUUCCUUUGUUUUAAAUAAGCAAAGGAAAAACAACAAUUGAGGGAAGUGUGACGCCAUAUUACCAUGGUAGCAAAACUUCUAGAUCACAACCAUAAGCAGUUAAAGGAAUGAUGACGGCAACGGCAAUGACAACAGCAAAAAAGCAAUACAUGUAGGUAUAUAUUCGCAAAAAACUCUUUUGCAUGUGCAUCACACGUUUUUGUAUAUUUUGUAGCCAUCAUUGCACAUAAUUGAUAAAACUUCCUAAUUUCAUGCUCCCGCCUUACGAAUUUCGUAGGUGAACACAGCACAAAAAUUUUGUUUUUCUUUUUCUAAACUUUCAGUAGAUACAGUCCUUUUCAGAUUCAAAUCUAGAAAAUUCUGCCAAAAUUUGACAGAUUAACAGUGCAAAUUCACUUUUUAAGUGACGUUUUAGGUUUGUUGUCACCCAGAAAUUUUGCUACCUCUGUUUAAUUAACUGAAAUGAAAAACUAAGUGCAACAUAUGAAGCAUACCAUAUGUCACUGUUAACAAAAGAUAUAUGCUUGCAUGAGAUAUUGAAAAAAUUUUCAGAUAUCAGUUACUCGACACACUGUUGUCUGUUUUACUAAAUUGUUGCAGUACCUAACCAUGCACUGUUGUCAAAUUAGAGCUUAAGUGUAAUAAAGAACUUAAAGAUGUUUUUGCAUUUAUGCUUGUCAUAUAAUUUAUGAUCUUCUCUUUUCCAACAUCCGCUUUACAUAUGUUUUCUUUAGAUGGUAUUAUUGUUGUUCAGAUUGAAACUAACUGCAUGGCUGAUUUGUCAAACCAACUCAUGAGUUACAUGUACCAUCACAGUGACAACAGUGACAGUGUGUAGAGACGUUUUGGACAGAUAUCUGUUACCGGUACUAUUGUUUUUUCUAUCAAUGUUACAUUUUAGGAGACAGAAUUUCUUAAGCAACUGAACAAGGCAGAUGGCCUCAAAGUUUCCAGAACAGUCCAGCUGUUUGUAAGUACAUAACCUAAAUUGAAGGGUAGCCUGAAAAAAAAACCUAAAUGACUUCAUAUAACUACCAGACUUUCUCCAGGGAGAGGAACAGUACAACCUUUCUAGGUUAACCAUCUACUUUAAAUAAAAUUAUUAGUGUUGUUUUGUUCCGUAAAAAAGUCUGUCUGUAUAACUCAUUGUUUUUAAUUAUUAUUAUUCCUGAUAUUUUCAGAACACUUUCAACUUUGACGGUCAUUACUGCUUGGUCUUUGAACUUUUACGACCAAGGCCACUGCAUCAAUAUUUUCAGGUGAGAUUUUUAUUUCUAUAUAACUGGUAGUUAUAUACAAUGUAUAUAAUUUAUCUUCAAAUGUUUAACAACCUGAGAAUGAUCAGAAAGUGGCAAAAUGAUCAAUGAAAUUUAAAAAGCAAAACCAUAAAUUAACUUUCAGGUCCAUCAGUAAGGGCCAGGGACCGAAGAUUUCCGCGGGCUACUAAGAACAUGACCUUUGGCUAUUUUCACUGCAAAGCCGAAGAAAAAUAGAACCAAAAGAAAUUCCUAAUUGUUGAUUCCCAGGCUACUCUUCGUAUGAACCCAGAAACUUGAAAUCUUAGCAACACCCCUGUACUUUUAUGUAUUCAUUUAUUUUUUUGAUUACCUGGUGAUUAUCAACAAUAUUCAGUGCCUGUCCAUGUCGUUUUCUUCAAUUUUGAGCUGGUUGUGAAUGGGAAAGCAAUCAAUUGUAGAGAAAUUUGUAUCCUAAAAAAUAAAUUCACAUUUAAUUUCCUCAUCAUGGAUAGGAAAGCAGUCAUGUAUAUUAUGAUCUCAUUCAAUAUUGUUAUUUAUUUUUAGAGGUGUCAGUUUGAAAGUGAGGUGAGAACUGGAUAACUUUUAAAAGGUUUUACCUUUAGCAUUUAUAAAAGUACAAAUUAUACAUUGUAGAUAUUGUAUGUAAGGCUCUUUCUUAUUUUGCUUUUAUUACCCAGUCAAACUAGGCCAAACUUUUCCUUACAAAUUCCAUUAUUUGACGCGAGGAUUAUUUGAAAAUUGACUCCAUUUAUUAAGCAGUUGUUGACCACUAUAAUUUUUGCAUUCCUCAAUGCAUAGAUGAGCAGUGAAUUCACACAUGAGGUGGGAAAAAAUUCCUGCCAGGUCAUUUUUCAUUAUGUUGAUCUAUAAAUUUCUUCAUAAAGGAAUUAAUUUUCAUCCUUUCAAAAGUCUAAAAAAAUAAUCUAACACAAUUACUGAGAAGUUGUUCAGAAGUUCAAAAUUGGCUGCUUAUUAAGCAUGCAAUAAAGUAGACAUUUAAAUUGUUUUGAUGCUAGUAGUGGCAACAGUUACUUUCCUAUCGAAUCUAUGGAGGUACACUUAACCUGAUUUGACUGUAAUUUUUUUGGAAGAACAGGACAUGUCAUUUGAUGGGCCAUCAUUCCUUUUGUAUACAAUGUACAUACAUAUUAAAUAGCAGACAUCUUCUGUGGUAAGAGGUAUGAAAUUAUGACUUGGCUUUAUUAAUGGUCCUUUGUUAAUUCUUUUGUAUGACAGGAAACAAAACUCAAAGUUAUAAGGAAAAUAGCUUUACAAGUGAGUCUGUUUCAAAUAAAAUAACCUUUUGAAAGUGGCACCAUUGUACAUGUAUUUCUUGGAACAGAGAGUGAAGAUAAGCUGCAAAACCUGUGACUGUGAAUAAUUAUUACUGUGAAGUGAAGUGCAAGAGGUAAAAUGAGGGUUUACUUUGAGUGUUCAGUAUACUUCCUGGAAAAAAAAGAUUAAUAGAAGAUAUGGCAGACUAUGGUUGAUAAAAGUAUCCCCUGGCUUUUACAGUUUUAAUUAAUGUUAUUUCAAUGCCAAAAUGAUAAUUAUGUAAUUUAUUUGAAUUUAAAGACAUGAAAAUUAGCGUUUUAUAUAACAUUCAUUAUGUUAACAAAAACUCUGUGAAGUACAAUUUUUUGGCAUACAUCAAUCGAUGUAUAUAGAAAUCAGAUUGUUUUGUUUAAUGACACUAUUUUAAUUUGUCAAUUUCAGCUUUUACAAGUUCUUGGAUUUCUCAAGAGGUAAACUUAUCAGAUUCUGAGCCAUUAAUGUUAACUGAGUUACAAAAAAACAUUGAAAAGUUGGCUGAUGAAGAGAUCAGAACUUCUGCAGUGUUUUAGGUUGUUAGCACUAUAUUAAUUUUAUUUAUAUUUUAUUUAAAAGAGAAGAUGGGAUGAAGACAGUGAGCAAGUCUGCUGACAACAUUUACAGACUGUACAGUUCCAAUGGAACUUCUUAUUCUCUGUUUUCAUUGUAAUUCAAGACUUGUUGAGCUUUUACACUCAAGAAAGAUAACCUAAAGCUUUAUAAAUAAUUAUCAUUUUCUUACACAGAGAGAAUGUCAUCCAUGCUGACCUGAAACCAGAAAACAUUCUUAUUGAAGAAGGUUUGUAAAUCACUGAAGACUUACUUGAAAUAGAUGUGUAUUUACUUUUCCCUGUCAGAUCAAGGGCAGGUAUCGCAUGGGGCCAGGUAACCAGGUGACUCCAUCUCUCCAAGGCUUGAAGGCACAUCCUGGGCACUUGUGACUGUCCUAUUUAUCAUGUCAUUUGUCAAAGACAUACAGUUAUGCCCUAAGAGAGACCCUGUGUCCCCUGAGGCUAGGUGUCUUCACCAAGCACUUAACCUGAGCAUGAUUGUGUAGGAAACUGCUUAGGCAUGACUGACAUCUACAGGAUGCAUGCAGGUCCUUACCUCAACAGCUGAGUCUACAUGGAGGAUGGCACACCUAUGCUUGCAUAAAGAUAUUUUUAGUUGAUUUAGGUGAUUUUCAGUUGUCGAGAACCCAUCUCCUAGGGAUUCCAUCUUCUGCUAACAGCAUGAUAGACGUUCAGCACAUUUUACAGACUUCUUUUCUUGCCAAAAUCUGCUGCUUUUUUCAUUAUAUGAACUUCCCUCCCUAGUUUCACUAAGACAAAGUGGAAUGACUACUGGCUGGUAAAACUGGUUAAAUUCCUUAGUUUGGCACUUCAUUUUUAUUGCUAUGUUGAUUAGGAGAUGUAUUGAUUCAUUCCAAGCAUUAAACACUCUCUUAAUGUCUCCAAAUACCUUAACUUUAUUAUGUACGUUUGUAGCUACAUUGUACAAGUGACAGUCAUUUUAUCCAUAAAAAGGUGUUGUUGGUGUUUCAUGUUACACAUUAAAUUUUGUUUACUUUCUGUCUACUGACAGUUUGGUCAAAGGAUAUCAGAUUGGGGCUUAUGUGUAUCAGUGCUUUAAGACAUUGAUAUUAAGCCUCAAUCUGAUGUCACUGGAAUAAACUGACUGCACAUGGAAACACUAGAAAACAUUUGUGUUGAUGUUUAGGUGAAGAAAUCAAGAUAAAAGUGAUUGACUUUGGAAAUGCAAUACGAUAUGUUCAUAGAGAGGUAUGUUAGAUCAUAGUCACAAUACCAUGAUUACACUGCAUAUUACAUGAUCCAUCACUACUGUUCUUUUCAUCCCUGCUAAAGGAGAUGUACAUUUAAUUUGUUCUCAAACCUCUCUUGUAGAUAAUCCAUAAGUAUUGUAUUGUUUUCUUAUUGGGAAUCUCUUGAGUGCUUUUAUUUUUCAAACACAAAUGACUGUGGGCAACAUGUCAAACAUGUCACUGUUUUUUGUGGGCACCUCGAUCAUGGGCAUGAUGGGCACCAUACCAUGGUCAUUGUGGGCAUUGGUUACCGUAGGCACUGUGGUCAUUGUGGGCACUCUCAUCUUCAUGAGUACUGUAAAGAUUGUUUGCACCAUGGUCAUUAUGGGGAGUGAUGGUCCUGAAUGAAACCAUGGUUACUGUGGUCACCAUGUUCUUUGUGGACAUUGUGGUCAUCAUGCACACCAUGUUCAUCAUGAGCACUGGUCAUCUGUGAGUAUUGUCUUCAUUGUGGGCACCUUGCUCAUCGUGCAUAUUGUAGGCACUGUGGUCAUCAUUGAGUCUGUGCUAAUUGUUGAAACUGUGAUUAUGGUCAGCUCUGUGUUUAUCUUGAGUACCAUGGUCAUCAUGGGCAGGUAGUCCUUGUUGGCCCUGGUUCAUCAUGGACACUGGUCAUUGUGGACACUGUUGUCAUUGUAGGCACUAUUGUCAGUUUGGGCAACACGGUUGUCAUGGGCACUACAGUCACUGUGGGACCAAUUCUUAUUGAUGGCACCUUAGUCCUCUUGGGCACUUUUCGUGAUGGCCACCUUGCCUAGUCCCCGUACAGCGUUUUCCCAGGCCCUCUCCGUCAAUUCACUUCGGUGACGUAUCCGGAGGCGAAAGGGCGGGAAACGCCCUCACAUUUUCGCUUGGACCACAUGACCCGAAACGCUUUGGCCACGCGGAAUAAUGAGGUCUAGGAACAAGGCAAAUGGGCACCAUAGUUAUUGCGGUCAUUGUUGUCAUCGUGGACAUUAUCAUAAUUGUGAGCACCAUGUUCAUCUUGCGCAAUUUAAUCAUCUUGGACACUGUGGUCAUUGUAGCCACCUUGGCCCCACAUUGACCAUUAUUACUGCAUUAUGUUAUAAAUUAAUGACUUGGCAGCAUAGUUAACCAAGUAUUUUAUCUUCUUUCCCUUGCAGGUUUCCCUUUAUUAUGAUGAGUUUGAUCUACAGACAAUCAUUUACAGAGCACCAGAGGUAAACAAUGGAAAUUAAUGGCUCCUAAUAAUUAACUGAUUACCCAUAGUAAUUUCUUUAUCCUUAUAAAUUUGAAGGCGCUGCAGCGUUAUUUCGAUGAUUAUUUUUCAAAAAGAAACAUCGCUUUUUCAAGGGGGAAACAUGUUUAUUCACUGCUUAAUAUCUCUAUGAAAAGCUGUUUAUAGUUAAAAUGUACUAGAAUAGGUGAAUACGUCAACAAGAUGUUGUAGGUAGUAACAUCCAAAGUGAACUUUUAGUGUUGCUCUUUUAACAAUAAAGCCACAGAUGUAAACGAAAUUUUGUUUAGGAGUCACCGACAUUACUAAUAAUUAUAAUAAUUUACAUUUAUAUGGCGCAAACCUCUAUAUGAAUAUAUUUGGUUGCGCUUUACAAUAUUGUUAUAUUGAAUUUAUUUUAAAGGUGACUAAAGCGUGAGAAACUAUUAAAACUACAAUAAAAAGUAUUAAAAACUAUAAAAAAAAAACCUACAAUAAAAGCCAAAAAUUAAAUCUAUUUAAAGCUAAAUUAAAAAAGUGAGUUUUAACAGCAGUCUUAAAAGUGUCCAAUGUCUUCAUGUUGCGAAUAGCCGAAGGUAAUGCAUUCCAGAGAUAAGGUGCAGCUGACUGGAGAGAGAUGUUAAGACAGUUUUUCUAUAAAGAUCCCGUUAGCCCACAAGAAUCCCUUGCAUUUCUAGUUUGUUUUAAUCAAGGUCGUGUUGCAUUCUCCACAGGUGAUGUUUGGUGUCCCUUUUGGGCAGGAAAUUGACAUGUGGUCCGUCGGAUGUAUUUUAGCUGAGGUGAAAAUUUUUUUCAUUAAAUCCAAACUAGAAUAAAAGAUUCAGGAUACAGUUUCUGCCUACUGGUACGGGUUGGCAAACAUGUAUCAUCGUUCUACCUGGAACUCUAGCUGACGGGUAUGGGACAGUAAUGUAACCCUAUCUGUACAUACAAGUCAAAUUCGCUACGUUCGAGUUCGCUACCAACAUAUUCGUCUCGCUGCCUAUUGGCAAAGUCCAAUACUUGCACCCUUGGAGGGGUAAGCUUAGAAGAACGAGAAAUAUAUUAAAUAUAUUAGACUUUUUUCGAGAGCGAAUCAAAGAAUAUUUUCAGUUGUUUACAGAAAGUAAUAUGUAGCGAAUUUGUUGCGAAGUAGGACGUAGCGAAUUCGACAAGUAGCGAAACCGGUUGUUACCAUCCUCAGGCCCCAGUUCAAUCAAUGGAUAGCGCUAUCCAUUGAAUAAGUAUUAGGAAAACCCAUUGCCCUAUCCACUUGAUAGAAAUAUAUCCACUGGAUAGCAUUAUUCUUCUUUUUAACAACGGGGGCCCAGCCUGUAAGACAGAUGUGCUGUGACUUGUUGGGAUGUUUGAUGAAACACUAGAAGCCUUGUUUCAGGAGAAUUCUAGACUACGAGUAGUCCCCCAUUUUUCCUCAGGGAUAGUAGAGCGAGCGAAACGCGAGCGCGCGAGAAAAUCACUCCACGCGAGAAAGGGCGACACGCGGAGGGGAGAUUUUCUCUCAUUUUUCUCUCUCCCCGCCGCGUGUCGCCUUUUCUCGCGUGGGGUGAUUUUCACGCGCGCUCACGUUUCGCUCGCUCUACUAUCCCUGAGGAAAAAUGGGGGACUACUUGUAGUCUUGGAGAAUUUUGUCUAAGUCAUGCACCUUGUGUUGUUGCUUCAAGUUUUAAACUCUCCUAUCGGUGUUAAAGGAGGCUGGACAAAAUUUUUCAGAGCGAUUCCUUCCAAGUUUGAGCAUUUACUACGCCGAAAUGAUUUUCAUUGCAGAGAAAGCGGCUGCAAGUAACAUAGAUAAUUAUUUCGUCGCUAUGACAACUCAGAUGUCAACAUAACACUGGUCAUAACAAGUUUUCAUCAUUUUCUGAUAAUGUAGUAAGUGAUCGUUUUCCUAUAUCUUUGUUAAUAGCGACGUACUUAAUGCUCAAACUUGGGAGGUAUUGGCCCUGAAAAUCCAUUCAGAUUCUUCUCCAAGUUACAGCCGUACGUAUCUAAUAACUGCGUGUUCUCUUUUUCUAGUUGCACAUUGGCAAACCCCUAUUUCUAGGACGAACCAAACCUGAAAUACUGCAAGUGGUGAGUAAUUGAUCUACUAUGUCUGUAACAUGCAAAAACAGCCUCAACUCAUCGGACCCCGCCGCUCUCUGGUCACUGUAUUGGACUAUUGUAAUUGUCUUUCACCUCGUUUGAAUUAGGUAGACAGAAUAGCCCAAUUUAUACUUUCUGGUGGAACCGUGGUUGAAGUUGGCCUUAAUUGAUGCAAUUCUUCCUAAAGGUGAUGCUACACGGGACGAUACGCAACGACGACAGACAGACACAGCGUUGCAAUGCUGGAACAAUGUUGUAACCAUUCGAAACAAUGUCGCAACAAUAUUGCAAAGCUGUGUUGCGCUGAAAAUCGUCGUUGCGAAUCGUUUCGUGGAACAUCACCUUUAAGCUGAAAAGGAACCAGUGGUCGCUUAAUGAAGGUCCUCUUGCCGCGAAGAAGAAUGUGUCCCAAUAACUGGAGGUUACUGAAUAGAGGCUCGAUUGUAUUUUUUUCAACAUUUUUAUAAUAAAAGUAGGAGGGUUUGUAUCACAACAGUCAAACCAACCACACAAUGCAAACUACCCCAUUACCAGAGACCUCCUUUGCAACUCCCCCAAUGGAUGCUUUGAGUUCCUAGUUUAUCUUUCGCCAGUCUUGAGAAACUGCGUAUUUUCAAAGAAUCUUUACUUUGUAGUUAUACUUUCACAUGGCUUCUUACUCAGGUAACCUCCAUCCUGGGUCCCUUACCGAAGAGUCCUUUCCAGUCCGGCAAGUUUUUUCCAGACUUAGCAGAAUUUGUUGCUCAAACUCCAGGUAAGUUUCAUGUCAGACGUGAAAAAGGCAGCGUGACGAAAUUUGGAGUAACCCAAAAAUGUGUUCGCAGCAAUGAAAACGUCCCGUGCUCUUAGCGUUCCGUUUUAUACCAGCUUUGAAGUCGCGUUUAUAUACCCCUGUAAAAAGUGUUUGGUUUUGUUCGAAAACACCUCAUAAUUGCCUUGCCUUUGACCACGAAUAAAGACGCGGUAAAGGAAGGACACUUGAAAGGAAAGAUUAACCGUUUUCCAGUGGCGCCGUUAGAGAAAUUUACAAUCAAGUUUACGGCAAACGUCAAUUCCAAGGUGACAGUUGUUCAAAAUAGGAAGUGAACAGAUAAAAAAAUGUACAAACUAAUUCUUAUGGAUGAAACUGGCGUAAAAAUACUAACUUUUUUGUGAAUGUAAUGAACAAACAACUGGUUAAUUAUAGGUAAAGAGAAACUUGGUCACGUGGUACAAAUUGAUGUUUGACGUAAACGUGAUGUCAAAUCUCUCCAUUGUGACACGUGAAAAUCGUUAAAAAAGAUACCUGUGACUUUCUUCAUUUUCCACGAAAUCACUUAAAAUCGACCUUCUUAUUAUGGGAGUCUUUUGUGUAUCAGCUCUCACUCCUGGAAUGAAUGAUGUGUUGUAACGGGAAUUAAACGAGUCCUGUUUACGGUAUUUUUACCAGGCCUGGGUCUUGUGGAAUUCCCGUCAAAAAACCGGCCCUUUAAAGCCAGGACGAUACGCUCAUGGUAACGCACAAAAAUGGUUCGACCCAAACAGAGGCUUUAACUAAAUAAUGAAAACGAGAUCAUUGCCAAAUUUUUAGAGGACAAGGAAAUACUCAAGGUUUUAUCCAAACUUUUUAAGUUGAUAUGACUUAAAGUAGCGCCUACACAUCUAUUGGUGAUCUUUUAAGCUACUUUCGCUUUCCUUGGUCUGGUAAUGGCCUGACCGCCUUCUUGGGGUACAAAAUCGACUUUCAUAGGGUCGUACAUGGAGUACAAACUACACACUAUUUUGAGUCUAACUGUGGCAUCUAGUUAUUCCUUGCGUAAAUUAAUUUGGGUAUCAUAUAGUGUGGAAAGGCUUAUUACCAGGAUGUGAUGCGUCACCUUAAUUAUGCGACUAAAGUUUCAUGGACCAAUCAUGUUUGCAUGGGGCUCAGUUCCACUGCAGUUUCUUCAGACUUGGUGAAGGGAAUUGCCGUGCUGUUGUCCCUUUAGGGACUGUUUACAUGGAGGUGGAGGACCCCAGGUAGGUGGGGUAACCCUCCAGUCCAUAUAAACUCUCAAAUGGUCACCCCACCUAUCACGUAAACGUGAUCACAUUAAAAUAAGAGAUUAUAUGAACAGGCGGGUUACCCCACCUAAGCUUGUCAACUCACCUACCUGGUGUCUCCCACCUCCCUGUAAACAGGCCCUUAAAAAGUGGCAGUAGGCCAGCAAAAGGAGUUAAACUUUCUCUAUUUUUUUCCUGCUUUCAGAAGCCAACCAGCUCCACCUUGUAACUUCCGUAAUGAAAAAUGUACUUCAUUCACGGAAUUUUGCCUUUGCUAGUUUUCUGGUUGGUUUGCUGCAGUACAAGCCAAGUAAGUGUGGCUGUUACUAGUAGCAUUGGGCAGACCUCGUGACCCUAAAACGAAUACUGGUUUGCAGUCCGGAAUAAUGAGGGCUGGGGACGAGGCAAGGUAGCAGCCAGGCUGGAAAUGAUGUUGUUUUGAUAAAUUCCUUCCUAAUUUCUUAUGAAAAUGAUGUCCAUCUUUUCUUACUAUUUUUGAAUAUAAUUUGCAUGAGAAAAGCUGGUAUAUUUGUAUCAAAACAAUGUGAACCAAAGCACUCAUUCACUGUAGUAAGGUGGGCUACUCGCACCAUGUAAGGGAAUCCAGAUUCCGGAAUCCGGGAAAAUUUUGCUUGUUGAAUCCGGAAUCUUUUCUUUUGUUUUCUUUUCUCAAGACGCUUUUUAGCUAAUGGCGCUUGCCAAAAGAUAGGACUGGCCAGCGCGACGGAUCAUUAUUUAUUAAAAAUGCAAUUGAUUUUUUUUAUUUUUUUCGAGAGUUCUCCUAUGACUGUUGUGAGGCUUUUUUUAGGAACAGAUUGAUCUGGCUGGAUGGUCUUUUGAAAUUAAAGGGAAUGGAGAGGAGAAGUCGUUUCUUCGCCUUGCCAUGGUAGCAAAAUUUCUUGUCCUCAACAAACUGUUUCCUGCAAAAUUGACGUGUAUGACUUUCCUGUGGUAUAAUUGUACUUAGGAACAAAACGGUAGCCCAUGCAUGUUUUUUCUUUCACCCUUUCGACAAUGCCAAUGACCGUCCCUGUCAAACAAAAUUGUUGACAUACAGAAAUUUUGCCAUCAUGAGAACGUGAUAUCACACUUCUCUCUCUACUCUGUACGACUUAACUGUUCUGACAGUGAUUGGUUUCAAUUUAGGAGUCAUUUCAUAAGUGGGUUGAGUAUGAUCGUGUGGGUAGUCCUGUGUAAGACUGUUGAUGACAGUGACCGACGUUUUGCCAACCUUUGCGAUAGUCAUUUUCAGAGUCUGAGUGAGCUGUAUUACGUUUAAUGGGGCAGCACCCAAAGGGUUGAUUUCCAGUUUCGUGUAAUUCUUACGUGCGUACGUGCACAAAAUUUAAGUUCGCAAAUAAAAUAGAGGCAAUGCAUGAAAGGUCGCUCGUAAGCGUAAAAGUUGAACCUCGCUCACCUUCUCGUUUAAGCUCAGCAGUUUUCGUCUUGCCUCUAUUUUAUUUACGUGCGUUAACGUGCGUAGCUAAAAACGCGCCAGUAAAAAUCAACCUUAAGUUUAGUUCUUGCGUAGUUAGACAAUUGAACUGUAUCUUUUUGUGAUGUAGGUGAACGGCUGUCGCCGUGUCAAGCAGCUAUGCAUCCGUUCUUGGCUCCAGAUUUACCAUUUUGUUAUUUGCUGCCACAACACGGAGAUAAGCUCAUA